AUGGCUUUGUAGCAAGCAAUUGAUUCUACUGGAUAAAUUUAAAAUAAGUGUGUUGCUAUUUGUUAGUAAUAACAAUAUUUGAAUGGAUUGACUAAUACUUGUUAGUCAUUAAGUUAAUGCUCUUCAUCUUAUUUUACUUCUACUAGCAGUACUACUAACUCUAAUAACAUUAUUGAUUUAAAAAUGUUAAAUGAUAGCAGCCUUUUAGCAUUUUACUCAAAUUUUAUGUCACAGAUUAGAGUUGAUACAGGACAACUCGAAUUAAGUCUUAGCUAUGGAGCAUAAGCAAUAAAGUCUUAAUAUUUUAAUGGUUUGUAUUACAUAUUUAAGACAGAUAACUCUAUUAUUCUGUGGGAAGUAGAGUUUGAUAAAAAAUUGUUAGUCUCUUAAAUUUAAUUUGGAGUCAAUUAAAUAAAAGUCUAUUCUUAAUAACUGCAAAAUUUGAUUACCGUUAAUUAAGAUAAUGGAAUAAUUAAUUAUUUGGCUAUAAUUGGUAACGGACUCUAAAUUAUAAGUAAAUCUAAUAAUCAACAACAAUAAUAAUAGAAAUAAAUUAUCUCAUCUUAAUUUUAGCCAAAUUAUAUUACUAACUAAGGAAUUGUUACAGAUAUUCUUAUCUUUGAUGAUUUAAACGCUUUAGCUACUUGCUCAAAAGAGGGAAGAUUGUUUGUGUGGGAUAUAACCAAAGUGUAUGAUGCUUAAUUUAGCUAUCUUUAUUAUAAUAACCAAGAUAGCUGCUUAAAGUUAUAUAGGUUAUCAAUUUAUUAGAUAAUUGCUCUUUUCUAAAAUACUAUUGUCAUCUUAGAUAUAAGAUAGUCAACACCUUUAAAAGUAAUUUAGAAAAAUAAUCCAAAUCCAACAAAAGAAUUCAUUACCUCUAAUAAAAAUUUAGGAAUUCUAAUUUAUGAUGGAAUCCUAAACUGUAUUAAAAAUGAUGGUAGCUUACUAUUUUCAACAAAUGAUCCAAGCUUUACAUAAAAUAUAUAUAAUAUAUAUAUAAGCUACAAUAAUCUCCUAUUCUUUUAAUAUUAAAACUAAAUGAAGGUAUAUAAGGUAGAUCCUACUUAAAAUACAAUCUAAAAUCAAAUGACACUUUUUUCAACUUACAAUAGUCCAAGUAAAGUAAAUAUUUAGCUCUCAAAAAUUAAACCUUUUCCAGAGUCACUUUAUUCCUCAGUAGGAUAUACUUUUGAAGUAGUUAUUUUUGAUACAAGUUCUUCCUUUUAUAUUUUCGAUGAAUAAUUUCACGUUUUAUAGCAAGUUAAUCAAGUUCCAUUAAUUUCAGCUGUUGAUUUUAAUUUCCUUAUUUCUAACCCCUUAGAUCCAAAUUAUUUUGUGAUGGGAUAUACGACCUAGCAGACAGCGGCAUUUAAAUUUUAGGUUUAUAAUAUUUAAAAAGGAGUAAAUGCUGCUAAUUUAGCUGCAUUUAUAGUUUCAGGAUCUUAUCUGAUGGAGCCACGAAAAGUACCAAAUAAACCGAGUUAGUAUGAUCUUGAAAUUGUAAUUCCUUUGAGCUAUUUUACUUCGAAUAAUGUCUUCAGAUAUGAUACGAAUGUGGCAGCAAAUGUAUUCUAAAUGGGGAAACAAAUAUAGAAUGAAAUUCAGUCAAUCUAUAAAACCUUUCCAGAUUUAUCAUAUAAUUUUUUUGGAGGAUAAUCAGGAUUUGUCGGAAUAUCACCUUUAAAUACAAAUUAUGUUAAGCAGGUUUUUUCUCUUUCUUCCAAUGACAUUAUAAAUGUUUAAUAAUGUUACAGUUUAGGAGUUUAUUUUGUAAUUUCUAAAAAAAUUUAAAUAGUAAAUAUCCACACAAAUAGCUUGAUAGAGGAAAUCAUAUUUAAAGACACUACACAAUAAUCAGUUCAGGGAUUUUAAAUUUUUGCUGAUUUAUAAAUAGCAAUUGCCUUUAAAUCUUCAUAGCUAAUAUUAAAAAAUUUUAAGGAUGGACAAACUUAUUCCUAUACAAACAUAAAUAACUUAUCUUUUUACAAUUUAGAAAAAGAAAAUCAAUUGAUUACUAUCUUUGGGUCAAAAGUAGUAAAGUUACAAUUAAAUUUAAAUGAAUAUUAGUAAAUCGGAGCUCUCAUUUUGUAAAAUAACUACAUUGUUGGAUGUGUAUUAUCUUCAGUAAAUUACUAUUGUGUCACUGUUAUGCAAAGAGGUAGUUUAGUAGUAAGAACAGUUAUCAGUAGUCCAGGUGGAGGUAAUAUCGUAUAAUUAAUGUACUUACCGAAUUAGAAUCACAUAUUGUUCUUCACAACUCAAAUGAGAUUUGGAUAAAUAUUUGUAUACAGUUUGAGUACACUUUUGUAAGUAACUUCUAUAAAAAAUACAUACACCUAAAAUCCAAUUUCUCUAACAUGUGCUAUGAUUUAUGACAUUUUUCAAAAUUAUCUUGUAUACAUAGAUCUUACUGGGAAUAUUCUCAUUAUUUCUUACACUGGGGCAUAUUCUAUGGUUAAUUUUUUAAAAAUGAACUAAUUUGAUGAUGGUUUUAGUGCUCCUAUUGGGUUUUCUUUAGACUUUGAUAUGAAUAACAUUCUUGUUUACAGCAGUUCAAAUGUCUUUUAAAUUCCUUAUUCUUCUAUCAAUUUAUGGUACAACAGGAUAAUUAAUUAUCCUAAAAAUUAAUACUUUGCUUUAAACAGUGGAUAAAAUUCUGAGCAGUAUUUCAUUGUUGGUACAUAGAACAUUCUUUAUACUUAUUAGAAUAAUCAAUUUUAAAGUUUCAACUACUUUAAUGAAGAUGAUCGUUUAAGUUCAGUCAGCUAUAUUCCUGAUUAGCAACUCUUAAUAGUCGGUUUUACUCAGUAAAUUAAUAUCUAUUAACAAUUUUCUUCAAAUAACUUAUCUCUUAGCAAUAAAGUAAUUAUCACAGGUUAUAAGUUGAAAGAAUUUAUUACUCCAAAUAUUUUUUUGACUUUUGAAAAUUCUAUAGUAGAUUAUAAUUUUUAGUAAAAUUCUGAGAAUUAUAAAAUAACAUGGAAUUUAGGUGUUUCUAUAACAAGCUAUUUAUGGCUUAAUUCUUCUUCACUUAUUAUUGUAGGAUUUAAUACUGGAGAUCUCUUAUUUUACAAUUAUUAAUUAUAAAAAUAAACCAAUAUAAAUGUAGAUUCUACUCCUAUUAUUUUUAUUUAAGAAGGACUGAACUCAAUUUGGGCUUGUUCAGUUAUAGGGAUUAUAUAGUAAAUCAGCACAUCUUCUCAAUAAACUACCUAAACUUUUAACUUGGCUUCUAUUGUAACUCUCUAAUAAGCAGAUAAAAUAAACGUCUUUUCAAUAGAUGAAUAAAAUUAGAGAAUUUUUGUUAGUCUUUUAGAAUAAUAUUUAUUAUAUAUAUUUUCUUACUCAACUUAAGCUUUGCAAAUACAGUAAUAUUUGAGCUUCCCACACCACGAAAAGAAUAAUAUUUAUUUUUCUAAAAAUUAUCUUAUCAUGUAUUCAACAUCUUAAAUAAAUAUUCACAAUAGGUCAAGUUUACAGUUUUUAAAAAGUUUAAAAAGAGAAAAUGUUUAUGAUCAAAUAAUGUCUAUUUACUUUGUAAAUGAGACCUAUUUAAUAAUACCAUUCUAGAGGAAACUUGAGUUAUACUCAUAUGAUGUUAUUUCUAACACUAUGCAAUUUUUAGAUCAAAUAAUAACAAUAUUACCUUAAGUCAUAAAAACUCAAAUCAUAUCUAAUGGUUAAUAACUAUAGCUAAUAGGAUUUUCUAACAAUAUGGUAUUUGAAAAUAGAUACUCUGUUCAAUUGAUAAGUAGCCAAUCUACUUAAUGCAGCCUAAAUAUUGAUGUUUAAGAUUAUACCAGUACUUAGCAACAGCUUUCAUUAAUACCUCCUACUACAGUUCCUUAUUUUACAUGGUAGAAUAGGAUAACUGUUACUUCUUCUAAUAGUAAUAAUUAUUUUUAUAUGAACAUGUUUUCAGAUAAUUUAGAUUUAGUGAGUACUUCAUCAACUUAAAAUACUCUCCUUGUAAUAUAAUCUCCUAUUAAUAGUAACAAUAAUUUAAUAAAUGGCAUGCAGACAAUAAGUUUAAGCAAUUAAAUUUUCGCUUAGUUUUCUAAAUAGUAAGUAUUAUUAAACAGCUUAUAAUUUUAAUUAAUUGAUACAAGUAAUUAUCAGUCAAGUAUAGUUAUUGCUUUCAAUUCUUUUGUAUAACAGGUGAGCUUCUAAAAUAUUGUACUUCCUAACUAAAAAACUCUUUCUUAAGCACAAUUUUAGUUUAAAAAUAUGAAAACUAUUGUUUUCAAUAAUAUUGUCAUAGAUAAAUGGAAUUUACUUUAAAAUCUAAGAAAUCUAUAGCAAUAAUAACAAACAGCUUCUCAACUUUCAAGUUAAAAUUCAGGCUUUUUUAAUUUCUAAAAUUGUAGUAGUGUUUAUUUAUAUGGAAUUUCAAUUAAAAAUUCUAUCAUAAAUAUUAGUAAUUUUUCUACACUAUUCUUAUUCAACACAAUUAACGAAGUUAUUUUGGAAGACUUUUAUGUAGAAAACUUGUAAACAAUUGUAUAAUUAGCCACAUUUUAAAAUGUCUAAAAAAUAACAAUAAAAAACUUAACAAUAAGUGAUUCUUAAUUCCUUUUAUCUAAAUAAAGCAGUACUAGCUUAAAUUAAUUUAUAAUCUAAAUUUCAGGCUGUCAAAAUACUAUUAUAUAAAACUCUUUAUUUACUUCAAAUUAAAAUAUGCUCUUUUUAAAUACAAAAAAUUACAUCGUAAUUAAUUAACAAUUAGUGUAUCUAGAAAGCGAUUAGCUUACUCUAUUGAAUAUUAGGCUUGAAAAUAAUUAAAAUAUACAAUAAAACACAGGUUUAGCAAUAAUGAGCAUAAGUUCUUCAAUAAAUAAUUUGGAUACCUUAAAUAUAACGCAAAAUCAAUUUAACAUUUAAUUUGAAUCAACAGUUUCUAUUUUUAUUCAGAAUUCUGUAUUUUAGUAUAAUAUUGGUAUUAAUGGGGGAGCUUUAUCUAUUAUCAAUAACAUUGGCUCUGUUAUUAUAUAAAGAAGUUAGUUUUUAUUUAACAAAGCCUAAGGAAGUGGAGGAGCUAUUUAUCUAAAUUUGGCUUAAGGUUCUGUAAAUUUAGACUAAUCUAAUCAAAUAAGCAAUAACAAAGCAAUUAUAGGUGGUGGAAUUAGGUUGUAUAGUUAUGCAAACUCAAUUUAAGUAUCUAUACAUAAAGGUAUUAUUGAAAAUAAUAAUGCUGACAUUUAUGGAAACAAUUUUGCUACUUUUUUAGAAUCAAUCUUUGCUUCUUGCUCAAAUAUGAAUUGUUUUUUCAAUAAGUCUAAUAAUUAGUUAAGUAUAGAGAGGUUUAAUAGUGGAGAUACAGCUCACUUAUCUAUCAUUUUUUUAGACUAAGAUGGUAGAUCCAUGAGUUUUGAUCCCUCAAAAGUAGAUUCAAACAGUUACCCAAGUGAAAUAAUUGACGAAAUUAAAAGUUAUUAAUUAUAAGUAACAACAUCAUUAAAUGGUAAUGAAAAAAUAAAUAUUAAUGGUGAAAACUUCAUUAGUUACAACAGAUUCUCAUAAAAUACCUCUGCUUUCGAGCUAAACAAUUUCCAAAUUUUAUCAAUUCCAUAAACAACCUAGCAAAUUAAUAUAAACUACUAAAUACUUCCUACAAAAAUACAACAAUUGAGUAAUUCUAGCAAAAAUUCAAUUUUAACAAGUAUAUAAUUUAGAGAAUGUAUUGUAGGAGAAAUAAUGAAAGCUUACUCUUAAACUAUAUUUUCUUGCUAAAAGUGUUUGGCAGGAACUUAUUCUUUUGCAGAAACUGACCUUAUCAUGGAAAACAAGUAAGGUUAAAUAUAGUGCAAAAAAUGUCCUUACUCUGCUAUCAGCUGUGAAGGAAAUUAAAUUUAACUUAAAAAUAGUUAUUGGAAAAUGAAUGACACAACUGACGAAAUAAUUUAUUGUGUCAAUAAUCCAAAUUCUUGCCAAUCUGAAAAUAGCGAAAGUAGAAAAGGGUGUAUAAAAGGAUAUAUAGGACCUUUAUGUGAAACAUGUGAUUUAAUCGGUGAUGUUUGGGAUGGUUAAAGGUACACUAAAUCUUUAUCUUCUAGUUAUGAAUGCUCACAGUGUAGCUCUCUUUAUUACCAAAUAAUUUUUAUUGUCCUUUCUAUUUUAUUUUUAUCAAUAUAUUUUUUGAUGAGCUUGGAAAUCUUUAUGAAUAAUUUUUAUCAUAGUCAGCUAUGUCACUAUUUGAGGUUUUUGCAGAUUAUACCAAUAUCCUAAAGCUAGAUCAAAGAUAGAUCUUCUUUAUACAUAAAAAUUUUAACAAAUUACAUUUAAAACUCUUCAGUUUUAAUUAACUAUUCUUACUACUUCAUCCCAAGCUUAAUCUCUGUAAUUCCUAACUCUUUUGGAUAGCCAAGUAACAAACUAGUAAUUGGAUUAUAGUGUUUACUAAGUAUAUAGUACCUAAAAAAAAAUGGAAUUUUACAGACAGUUUCUAUAUUUCAGUCCUUAAUUCCUCUAAUUUUUAUAUUUUUAUUAACUCUCAUUUUGUUUAUAGCAUUUUUAAUAAAGAGAGGAAAGUUCUAAAAAGCUAAAUUCUAUACCCUCUAUAAUAUAUUGUUUGUGUUCUUCUAGCCUGAUCAAGUAACAUUUUUGACUAAAUUGUUAAGUUGUAGAUAAAUUGGAUCUUAUAGUUACGCAAGUGAAAAUUUACUACUACUCUGUGAUGAUGAUAAUUACUAAUCAUUUCAAAGAAAAUUCGCAAUUCCACUUCUGGUUUUUUGGAUAGGAGUACCUGUGAUAUCUCUGAUAGCAAUAUAUAAAAAAAGAAAUAAAUUAAACACUUGCUAUACUUAAUACAGAUUAGGAUAUUUUACAACUGGAUUUAAAUAGAAAUUCUUCUAUUGGGAGUUUGUUAGAAUUAAAAUUUAUUUGGGAAAAUAUUUAGAUGUUUCCUUAGAUUUAUUCUACCUUAAAACUUUUGAAAAAGUAGAAACAUCAGAAGUUUUAAAUCUGAAUGUUAAUAAUACAACUAUAAAAGACAGUAUCAUGAAGAAUAUCAGUAAAUCUAUCCAUAAUUCAAUGAGAUUAAUAUCUAAUUUAACAAGUCAAUAAAAUGAUGUACAACUGAAUUAAACAAAUACGAUUCAUCAUAGUAGCAGGAAAAUUAUAUGUAAUAAGAUUAUGUAAUUUAAAGUAUGA